CGGUUCAGCAGGCGAAAAAACUAGGAGAUCAUGGGUUAUCCACAUCGUAUUGUCUUCCGAGGGCAGCACUGGCUCACUUCGUGAUUUUCUGGAUCGAGCCGAGGCGGAUUGCAAAUCGACAAAUACGUUGAGAGCGCGGAAGUCGAAGCCAUGAGGGAGAUCGACGCUCGCGUCACCGGGUUCGACUACACCACGUUCCACGCCUACACGACCGAGGUGGAGGUGGACGGCCGCACUUGGACGCUGGCCAUCCGAUACAACACCUUCUACCAGUUCUACACGCGUCUCACGGCACUCGAGAAGCAUUUCAUGGUGGAGUUUCCGCCGAAAGGUGGAUUGUUCUUUUCACCGCCGCCUGAGGAGCGUCAGGAGCAAUUGGAUGAUUUCCUGCUGAGUACGCUCGCCUACUUUGACAUGCGGGGCCACCCCAAGCGCAUGGAAGCGCUACUAGGCGAGCUGCUGCAGAUCCCUGAGCAUUUGGAAUACAAGGACGACGAUGAGGAGCAUACAGCCAGCGAAGGCAGCUCCGUGGCUGAGGAGCUCCUUUUGGACACGCCCAUGCCCGGCCAUGACCACAAUGACUUCGAUGAGAGCGGCCACGAGGACGAUGACAACGAUGUCCAGGAGGACAAGUCCACCCCACAAAUCCUUGAAAAGGACAACCAAGUUGAAGCUGAUGUUGAAGUGGUCCAAGACAUAGAAGAGCUCAAGACGGAGGUCGUCGAAGGCGACAACCGUGAGCGUCCAGCCGAGCUCGACACGAACACGGACACCAUCGAGUUAGAAUUGGAGGAGAAGCCACGGAUGUCUGAGGUGGUUGCCAACGACUACAUCGCGAGACUUCGGCGUCAAACGCUCGUUAAUGGAGCCAUCCAGGCCGCAGUGGUGUCAACGAUGAAAGAAAACGUUGAGAAAUCCAAGGCUUUUAAGGUCGAGAAGGAUGUUGGAGAGCAGGAGAUCGCCACCAAUUCCCCGGUUCCAGAGAUGAUCCCAGUUAAGGAGGAAAAGCCUGCUGCAUUUGAGAAGGCAGCAGUACAGACCCAGAGCACCGCCACUAGGACGGAAACGAAGCCGACAGUCGCUAACACUACGGUAUCCGAAGACAUCUUUCCUGCCGUUGAAGAAGCAGUUGUCGAAGUACAAGAGCCAAUCGAAGUGGCUAGUACCGAAAGCUCCAUCGAGGCGGAUCUUACAGCAGUCUCAGUGGAAUAUAUUCAGGAAGAUGACUCGUGCUUGGAGGAGAGUGAUGCCAAUCCAAGCAAGAAGGAAGCCGACGGUGAGAACCCCGUGGUGAGAUGGUUCAUGGGAACGUUAGGUCUUUCAGCAGCUGAUAAAGAGGAGCAGGACGCCGCCGCUAAGAAGGAACAAGAGGAGAAGGAGGCUGCUAUUCGAGUUCAGGCUGAGGCCAAAGCUCGAGAGGAGGCAGCAGCAGCUGAAGCGAAGGCGAAGCUCGAGGCUGAGGCUAAGGAAGCGGCCGAGGCCGAACUCCUGCGCGCUGAACAAGAACUUAACCUGCGCCUCAUGCCGUAUCGACACCCGGUUUUCUUCCAGGCGUUCAACUGCGACGUGGGUACGUCGCGCUACUCCUUAGCGGAGCGCCCUAGCAACGGCAUCGUCGUGUGAGCCGGCACCAUCGAAGAAAUGUAAAGUAAUGCAAGUAGUGCAUCCGUUGCUCGUAAGUUAACCUGUUUCAAGCACAGCUCGAAUUAUUCCUCAUUGAAUUCAACGUGCACUGUCAAGUGGAGGCUGCAGUUCCUAAUGUUAUUGACCGCUUCUGCAGCCAGAGAUCACACGGCAAAGCCACCCACGCGCAAAGAUCGCAAAUGGAAAUGCAGCUUGUGCGCGCUGGGUAUCCUCACUGCAGCAGAGCGACGAGCAAUUCGGUCUGUCGUGCGCGUGCUAGCGUUCGCCGAAGCUUAUUGCGGGCAAUUGCAAGACGAAAGCAUUGGUUGCCGCGGCUCCGAACCCGGGCACCCACCGCGUCUGCUUUGACA